UUGGGCGAAGGGCGCUGCUCCCGCCGAGGAGGAGGAGGCGGCGGCGGCGGCGGCGGCGGCUGGGCGCGGGCCGCGCCACUCAGGUGUCCGCUCCGCCUUCCGGUCUGGAUUUGCUCCUGGGUGUCCAGCAGGAAGGAGACUGCGUGCGCCUCGCCCGACUGCGGACGGAGCGCGGCGCUGACUUUUCCUGGUGGCGGGGGUCGGUCUGUCCAGGGGGCUGACGGACGAAGGACGGACGCCGGAGAAAGAGGGCGGCGGCCUGGGCCGAGGCGGGUCCCCAACUCCGGCGGCGGCGGCGGCGCGGCCUUGGGGGCGGGCAUGAGCCCCCGGGGGCUAAGCGGUGGCCUCCAGGGCUGACCCGGCGCGGCGAACGGCCGGGCCCAGCCAUCUUGACUGCGCACCGCGGCCCGAGAGGAAACUUGCAGCGCCGCCGCCCUCUGUGCCCGGCGGAGUCACCGCCGCCCAGCGCGGCGGGGAGAAGUGGUCGGGCGCGCGGAGAGGAGGCGAGCGAGCGCGGGACGAUGAGCCGAAGCCCGGACGCUCUGCGCCGCGAGGGCUGAGCGCGACCUGGGGCGAGCAGAGAGGACCUUCGGACUGUGGCGCGCGCCUGCGGCCGCCUUCAAAUCCCAGGAGCGGCGGAAAGGAGUGCGGAAGGGCCCUGCCGAGGCUGCGGACGCGCCCCUACGAGGGGCUAGAUUAUCAGCAGACUCUUCUCCCGGGCGAGGCAUAAGGGAGAUCCCAGAUCACCGGCUUUCCCCGUCUCCGGCUCUUUCGUGCCCCCUCCCCCCCGGCACCCUUCUGCGCGCCGCCUGGAGGGCGAGGGCACCGGGCCGAGGCGCACAGCAUGGAGUGGGGUUACCUGUUGGAAGUGACCUCGCUGCUGGCCGCCUUAGCGCUGCUGCAGCGCUCUAGCGGCGCGGCGGCCGCCUCGGCCAAGGAGCUGGCGUGCCAAGAGAUCACCGUGCCGCUGUGUAAGGGCAUCGGCUACAACUACACCUACAUGCCCAACCAGUUCAACCACGACACGCAGGACGAGGCGGGCCUGGAGGUGCACCAGUUCUGGCCGCUGGUGGAGAUCCAGUGCUCGCCCGACCUCAAGUUCUUCCUGUGCAGCAUGUACACGCCCAUCUGCCUGGAGGACUACAAGAAGCCGCUGCCGCCCUGCCGCUCGGUGUGCGAGCGCGCCAAGGCCGGCUGCGCGCCGCUCAUGCGUCAGUACGGCUUCGCCUGGCCCGACCGCAUGCGCUGCGACCGGCUGCCCGAACAGGGCAACCCUGACACGCUGUGCAUGGACUACAACCGCACCGACCUCACCACCGCCGCGCCCAGCCCCCCGCGCCGCCUGCCGCCGCCGCCGCCCGGCGCCCGGUGCCAGAUGCCGGCGCGCCCCAUGGUGAGCGUGUCCAGCAGCGCACCCUCUACAACCGCGUCAAGACAGGCCAGAUCGCCAACGCGCGCUGCCCUGCCACAGACCCCUUUCUUCAGCCAGACGAGCGCGGCCGUUCACGUCUUCUGCAUCGUGCCUGUGGCGGGCGGCCCGGGCGGGCGCGGCGAGUACGAGGAGCUGGGCGCGGUGGAGCAGCACGUGCGCUAUGAGACCACCGGCCCCGCGCUGUGCACCGUGGUCUUCUUGCUAGUCUACUUCUUCGGCAUGGCCAGUUCCAUCUGGUGGGUGAUCUUGUCGCUCACGUGGUUUCUGGCGGCCGGCAUGAAGUGGGGCAACGAAGCCAUCGCCGGCUACUCGCAGUACUUUCACCUGGCCGCAUGGCUCGUGCCCAGCGUUAAGUCCAUAGCGGUGCUGGCGCUCAGCUCGGUGGACGGCGACCCAGUGGCGGGCAUCUGCUACGUGGGCAACCAGAGCCUGGACAAUCUGCGCGGCUUCGUGCUGGCGCCGCUGGUCAUCUACCUCUUCAUUGGCACCAUGUUCCUGCUGGCCGGCUUCGUGUCGCUCUUCCGCAUCCGCUCAGUCAUCAAGCAGCAGGACGGCCCCACCAAGACGCACAAGCUGGAGAAGCUGAUGAUCCGCCUGGGCCUGUUCACCGUGCUCUACACCGUGCCCGCGGCAGUGGUGGUCGCCUGCCUCUUCUACGAGCAGCACAACCGCCCGCGCUGGGAGGCCACGCACAACUGCCCGUGCCUGCGGGACCUACAGCCUGACCAGGCGCGCAGGCCCGACUACGCCGUCUUCAUGCUCAAGUACUUCAUGUGCCUAGUGGUGGGCAUCACCUCGGGCGUGUGGGUCUGGUCCGGCAAGACGCUGGAGUCCUGGCGCUCCCUGUGCACCCGCUGCUGCUGGGCCAGUAAGGGCGCCGCAGUGGGCGGGGGCGCGGGCGCCACGGCCGCUGGGGGCGGUGGCGGGCCGGGGGGCGGUGGCGGCGGGGGGCCCGGCGGCGGGGGACCGGGCGGUGGCGCGGGCUCUCUCUACAGCGACGUCAGCACCGGCCUGACGUGGCGGUCGGGCACGGCCAGCUCCGUGUCUUAUCCAAAGCAGAUGCCAUUGUCCCAGGUCUGAGCGGAGGGGAGGCGGCGCCCAGGAGGGGUGGGGAGGGGGGCGAGGAGACCAAGUGCAGCGAAGGGACACUUGAUGGGCUGAGGUUCCCACCCCUUCACAGUGUUGAUUGCUAUUAGCAUGAUAAUGAACUCUUAAUGGUAUCCAUUAGCUGGGACUUAAAUGACUCACUUAGAACAAAGUACCUGGCAUUGAAGCCUCCCAGACCCAGCCCCUAUUCCUCCAUUGAUGUGCGGGGAUCUCCUCCCGCCACGCGUUAAUUUCUGUUGGCUGAGGAGGGUGGACUCUGCGGCGUUUCCAGAACCCGAGGUUUGGAGCCCUCCCUGGCUGCACUUGGCUGGGUUUGCAGUCAGAUACACAGAUAACACCUGGGAGAACCUCUUUUUCUCCCUCGACUCUCUUACGUAAACUCCCACCCCUGACUUACCCUGGAGGAGGGGUGACCGCGACCUGAUGGGAUUGCACGGUUUGGGUAUUCUUAAUGACCAGGCAAAUGCCUUAAGUAAACAAACAAGAAAUGUCUUAAUUAUACACCCCAAGUAAAUACGGGUUUCUUACAUUAGAGGAUGUAUUUAUAUAAUUAUUUGUUAAAUUGUAAAAAAAAAAAAAAAAAAAGUGUAAAAUAUGUAUAUAUCCAAAGAUAUACAGUGUGUACAUGAUUUUGUAAAAAGUUUAGAGGCUUACCCCUGUAAGAACAGAUAUAAGUAUUAUAUUUUGUCAAUAAAAUGACUUUUGAUAAAUGAUUUAACAA